AUGGCAUCUAACAGCGGUAAACGUUGCACAUUAUCGAUUGAACAAAAAUUGAAAAUCUUAGAAGCACUGAAAUCCAAAAAGGCAGACGAUGCGGCUAAACAUUUCAACAUCGGCUAUUCUAUGGUGAAGAAGAUAAGGCAAAACGAAGAAGAAGUCGGAAUUGUUGAUAAAUCGAUGCCAGGUGUCUCUCAUAAAGAUGGGCUGAUGCAUCUUUCGAUGGUUCGCAAGUAUUUGGAAGAGAAUUUUACAGAUUACAAUUCAUAUUAUGAUGUUGAAUAUAUGAUCGAAAAGAACGCUUUAAUUAAUCGUACUCAACGUAAAAUCACGGAUUUCUUUAAGUAA